CGUGUUUGCGCCAAUUGGGUUAGUGACCAAUUGUCGCCAACUUUGUGUGACAUCAAUUUGACUAUUAAACCAGGCCAGUUGUGCGCUAUGGUCGGCGCCGUGGGCUCCGGCAAAUCGUCCGUGCUACAUCUGCUGCUGAAGGAGCUGGAUCUCGGCGGAGGUUUUGUGAUUCUCAAUCAGGGCUCUUCCAGGUGUAACUUUCAAAACAAUUUGUCUAAUGGUUUCUUCAUGAACAAUCCGAAUCUGCGCAUUUCUUACGCUAAUCAAGAGCCUUGGAUAUUCAACGGUACUGUGAGAGAAAACAUAUUGUUUGGCGAGCCUUACGACAAGGCCAGAUACAUGCAAGUGACAAAUGUGUGCGCCUUGACAAAGGAUUUCCGACAGUUUCCACAAAGAGACAUAACGCUGGUCGGUGAUAGAGGUAUAUUACUGUCUGGAGGCCAAAAAGCGCGAAUCAAUCUCGCGAGGGCAGUUUACAAGCAGGCGGAUCUUUAUUUGCUCGACGAUCCGUUGAGCGCAGUGGAUACUCGCGUCGCCAGGCAUCUCUACUGCAAAUGCAUUACCGAGUAUCUCCACGGCAGAACGAGGAUACUCGUCACCCAUCAGUU